ACAUGGUACAAACACAGAAGUCCAUUUUCGUAAAAAUUAAAUUUUAAUUUCUAGUUUUUUGCACGAGAACAUUUUCUAAUGAUUUCCUGUUGUACGUGAUUUGUGAUCUUGUGGAUUUAUGUUUUAUAUAUUUACAAUAUAGAUUUGGAAAUGGAAAAUAUAAAUUUAAAUGAUAAUAAGUUGACUUCAUAUCUGUUUUUUAAGGUUGAUGAUACAGCUUAUUAUAUACCAAAUUUUAUUACUGAAGAACAGGAAACAUACAUAAUGGACAAGGUAAAUGGUGCGCCAAAACCAAAAUGGUGUCAAUUGAAAAAUAGAAGACUUCAAAAUUGGGGAGGCAUACCUCAUGCCAAAGGACUCAUUCCAGAAACAAUUCCUGAUAAACAAUAUAUACGAAGAAGUACAGUAUCAGCUAACAUUAAAGAGUCUGAAUUACAGGGAAUCAAUAAAAUUGACUUUACAUCCAGUUUAGAUAUACAUGAACCAUCUUCAAAUAACCCUAUACCUAGUUUUAGAAUUUUGAACGAUACUGGGGACAUUUUAAACRAUAGUAAAUCUAUAAUUAUACCAGAAAAUAAUGAGUUGGUUAAAAUGUAUAAAUCUAUGGUUUUGUUAUCUAUAAUGGAUAAAAUGUUGUAUGAAUCUCAAAGACAAGGUAGAAUAUCGUUUUAUAUGACAAAUGAAGGAGAAGAAGCUGCACAAAUUGGUAGUGCAGCAGGAUUACAUUUUAAUGAUCUUGUGUAUGGGCAAUACAGAGAAGCAGGAAUUUUAUUAUUCAGAGGUUUUACACCUGAAGAAUUUAUGAAUCAAUGUUUUGGAAAUGUAGAUGACCUUGGUAAAGGAAAACAAAUGCCAGUACAUUAUGGGUCUAAAAAUCAUAAUUUUGUAACAAUUUCGUCACCACUUACUACUCAAUUACCUCAAGCUGUUGGAUCAGCAUAUUCGUUUAAAAGAUCAAAAGUCAAUCGUUGUACUAUUGUUUAUUUUGGUGAGGGGGCUGCAAGCGAAGGUGAUGCACAUGCUGCAUUUAAUUUUGCRUCUACUCUAGACUGUCCAAUAAUAUUUUUUUGUCGUAAUAAUGGAUAUGCUAUAUCAACGCCAGCAAGUGAACAAUAUARAGGCGAUGGUAUUGUAAGUCGCGGUCCUGGUUAUGGAAUUGCUACUAUUCGUGUCGAUGGCAAUGAUAUUCUGGCAGUGUAUAAUGCAAUUAUAAAAGCUCGAGAAUAUGUUAUGACUAACWCAAGACCACUUAUCUUAGAAGCUAUGACAUAUAGGCGGGGACAUCACAGUACUUCUGAUGAUAGUACUGCAUACAGAUCUAAAGACGAGAUUAAGCAAUGGUCAUACAACAAUCCUAUUACAAGAUUAAAGCAAUUACUCGAGAAAAAUAAUCUUUGGAAUGAACAAAAUGAAGUUGAAUAUGCAAAGGAAACUAAAAAACAAUUGAUGCAGUCGUUUACAAUUGCAUCAAAAAAAAAUAAACCUAAUUGGAGAGAAAUGUUUAAUGAUGUGUAUCAUGAAAUUCCUGUUAAUCUAGUGUAA